CGUCGGCCCGAGGCACUCUCGCGAGAAGAGCCGUGAAUGCCGGAAAAAUGGCGGUUCCCAGUCCCGGGGACUUGAAGGCCCCGCCGGCUACGAGCGCGGCUAAGUCCGACGAGGAGAUGGUGCUGCCGGGAUUUCCGGACGCGGACAGCUUCGUGAAGUUUGCUCUUGGAUCGGUGGUAGCAGUCACCAAAGCAUCUGGGGGCCUACCACAGUUUGGCGAUGAGUAUGAUUUUUACCGAAGUUUUCCUGGCUUUCAGGCAUUUUGUGAAACACAGGGAGACAGGUUGCUUCAGUGCAUGAGUAGGGUAAUGCAGUACCAUGGGUGUCGAAGCAACAUUAAGGACCGAAGUAAAGUGACUGAGUUGGAGGACAAGUUUGAUUUACUUGUUGACACCAAUGAUGUUAUUCUGGAAAGAGUGGGUAUUUUACUGGAUGAAGCAUCAGGCGUGAAUAAGAAUCAGCAGCCUGUGCUCCCUGCAGGAUUCCAGGUCCCCAAAACAAUAGUGUCCAGCUGGAACCGGAAGGCAGGAGAAUAUAGCAAAAAAACAAAAUCUGAAACUUUUCGGCUGCUUCAUGCGAAAAACAUCAUCCGACCGCAGCUUAAAUUCCGAGAGAAGAUUGACAAUUCCAACACGCCAUUUCUUCCUAAAAUCUUCGUCAAGCCCAAUGCUCAGAAACCCCUCCCUCAGGCUCUCUCUAAAGAAAGGCGAGAGCGCCCACAAGAUCGUCCUGAGGACUUGGAUGUCCCCCCUGCUCUGGCAGAUUUCAUCCAUCAGCAGAGAACCCAGCAGGUGGAACAGGACAUGUUUGCACAUCCAUAUCAGUAUGAACUAGAUCACUUUACUCCACCGGAUUCAGCCCUUCAAAAGCCACAACCCCAGUUAUAUAGACCUGUAGGAGAAACACCCUGCCAUUUUGUAUCGUCCCUGGAUGAACUAGUGGAACUCAACGAAAAGCUCUUGAAUUGUCAAGAAUUUGCUGUGGACUUGGAGCACCACUCUUACAGGAGCUUCCUAGGGCUGACCUGCCUGAUGCAGAUUUCCACCCGAACAGAAGACUUCAUCGUUGACACCCUGGAGCUCCGAAGUGACAUGUACAUCCUCAACGAGAGCUUCACAGACCCAGCUAUUGUUAAGGUCUUCCAUGGUGCUGACUCAGACAUAGAAUGGCUACAAAAAGACUUCGGGUUGUAUGUAGUGAACAUGUUUGACACCCAUCAGGCCGCACGCCUUCUCAAUCUGGGCAGACACUCUCUCGAUCAUCUGCUCAAGCUCUACUGCAGUGUUGACUCAAACAAGCAGUACCAGCUGGCUGAUUGGCGAAUACGACCGCUGCCCGAGGAAAUGCUCAACUAUGCCCGAGAUGACACCCAUUACUUGCUUUACAUUUAUGAUAAGCUGAGACUGGAAUUGUGGGAGCGGGGCAAUGGGCAGCCCAGUCAGCUGCAGGUGGUGUGGCAGCGCAGCCGGGACAUCUGCCUCAAGAAAUUCGUCAAACCUAUCUUCACGGAUGAGUCCUACCUGGAACUCUAUAGAAAGCAAAAGAAGCACCUCAACACACAGCAGUUGACAGCCUUUCAGCUGCUUUUUGCCUGGAGAGAUAAAACCGCUCGGAGGGAAGAUGAAAGCUACGGAUACAUACUGCCAAACCACAUGAUGCUGAAGAUAGCUGAAGAGCUGCCUAAGGAGCCUCAGGGCAUCAUAGCUUGCUGUAACCCCGUACCGCCUCUGGUGCGGCAGCAGAUCAAUGAAAUGCAUCUUCUCAUUCAGCAGGCUCGAGAGAUGCCUCUGCUUAAGUCUGAAGUUGCAGCUGGAGUGAAGAAGAGUGGACCACUGCCCAAUCCUGAGAGAUUGGAGAAUGUUCUCUUUGGACCUCAUGACUGCUCCCACGCCCCUUCCGAUGGCUAUCCUGUCACCCCAACCAACGGGCCUGUGCCAGCACAGAAACAGGCAAGCCUCUUCUGUGACGGGAGACAAAAGGAAGAGGAGGAGGCCCUGCUGGGUACCCAGUGCCUUAUCGCUACUGCCGUCAUCACGUUAUUUAACGAACCUAGUGCUGAGGAAAAUGGAAAGGGUCCAUUAACAGUUGCACAGAAAAAAGCCCAAAACAUAAUGGAGUCCUUUGAAAAUCCAUUUAGGAUGUUUCUGCCUUCACUAGAACACCACGCUCACAUUUCUCAGGCAGCAAAGUUUGAUCCGUCAUCGAAAAUCUAUGAAAUCAGCAACCGUUGGAAGCUGGCAAGCCAGGUACAGGUACUAAAAGAAACUAAAGAAAGUGCCAAGAAGAAGGCAGCUGAGCAAACAGCUGCCCGGGACCAGGCCAACGAAGAGUUCAAAGCAACAGCGGAACAGGCCAUGUCUGUCCGACAGCAGGCUGCUCUCGAAAACGCUGCCAAGAAGAGAGAGCGAACAACAAGUGACCCAAAGACCGCAGAACAGAAACAAGAGAAGAAACGACUCAAAAUUUCCAAGAAGCCAAAAGACCCAGAUCUUCCAGAAAACAAUUUUACCCCUUAUGACUACAGCAAAUCGGAUUUCAAGGCUUUUGCUGGAAACAGCAAAUCCAAACCUUCUUCCCAGUUUGAUCCAAAUAAGCAGACCCCAUCUGGCAAGAAAUGCCUUGCAGCCAAAAAAAUGAAACAGUCAAUGGGAAACAAAAGCAUGUCCUUUCCAACGGGAAAGUCAGACAGAGGUUUCAGGCACAAUUGGCCCAAGAGAUAGUGUUGGAAGAGACCCUUGGGAUCCCCCAUGGACUGGAAGCACCAAACGGUGGUGCUGGUUUUGUACAGACUCAUUUUUAAACGAUUAAAAACAAUUCUUACUGGAAGAAAGCUAGUUCCUGACUAUUCUUUUGCUGCCACCACAGCGCUGGCAGGAGAGGGCAGCUCCCAUCCUGUUGCGAUCUCCAUCUUCAGCUGUCUGUGGGUAAGUGUGCCCUCGGAGGCUACUGUGAUUCCCAAGGAAAUCCAGAAGCACCCCCAAGGAGGAAUGUGGGAGAUACCCCGUGACUCAGGAAAGGACAGUUUCUAUAAAGCAGCAAGCGCCGUGCUUGUGACUCCGUCAGAUGGGCUCAUGGGCCAUGUUACUUCCUGCACAUGCUCCAGAUCUGUGGAGGAGGCCAGGUGGUAGAAUGCCGUCCAGACGAGGAGUGGUAGGGCGCUUUAGAGCCAGCCAAGGCUCCUGGAGGGCCUGGUCUCCUGCCUGUGCCUCUCUCUCUCUCCCUCUCUCCCUCUCUCCCUCUCUCCCUCUCUCCCUCUCUCCCUCUCUCCCUCUCUCCCUCUCUCCCUCGUUCCCUCUCUCCCUCUCUCCCUCUCCCCCUCUCCUCUCUCAUUUUCUUUUUCAACUUUGUUUUUUCCCCAAUUACAAAAGUCACAACAUGUUCAUUAUAGGAAAUGAGGGGAACAGAAAUGCAAAGAAAAAAUUACAUCAUCUGUAAUCUUACCACAUGGAGGUAACUUCUAACAUUUCGGUGUAGAGGCUUUUUACUGUGUGUGUGUGUGUGUGUGUGUGUGUGUAAUUUAUAAGCUUGGAUUUCUGUUUCUCAUUUUUCACCUUGAAAGACUUUUUCUCAUUCUAAAAUUGAUUUUAAUUAAGUAGCACUAUUAAACAUUUAGGUUUUCAUUGUUCCUUUCUUAAUAACGCUGCAUUGAACUUCUUGUAUGAAUUUGUGGUUCAAUUUCUGGUUAUUUCUUUAGAAUGCCACUUGAUUUUCAUCCUGAGAUGGGCUAUUAAAUCAAGAAAACAAAAUAUUAA